AUGAUUAACACAUUUGACAGAUUGGGCAGCCAGGCUUUCAGCAGGAUGGCUCUGCUCAGACUUCUGGUGUUCUGCACCCUGGCUGCAUGCUGUGUGGCUCGUUCUCCUCCGGCACCACCCCUUCCCCCUCUUCCCCCCGCCCUACUUCUGGAUCCUUUGAGCUGUAAUGACUCCCAAGUGCUGGCAGUUGCAGGCUUUGCCCUGCAGAACAUCAACAGAGACCAAAAGGACGGCUACAUGUUGAGCCUUUCUCGAGUGCAUGAUGCUUGGGAGCACUACCAGGAGGACAUGGGAUCCCUGUUCUACCUCACACUGGAUGUCUUAGAGACUGGCUGCCACGUGCUCAGCAAGAAGGCACAGAAGGAUUGCGGCCCGAGGACUUUGCAUGAGUCAGUUUAUGGUCAAUGCAAAGCAAUGUUUCACAUUAACAGGCCAAGAAGAGUUCUCUAUCUACUUGCUUAUAACUGUACUCUUCGCCCAGUUUCUCAAAGAAAGAUUCAAUCCAUGUGUCCUGACUGCCCCUUCCCCGUUGACUUGUCGGCCCCCAGUGUUCUGGAAGCUGCCACGGAGUCACUUGCAAAGUUCAACAGAGAGAACCCCUCGAAACAGUACUCACUUGUUAAAGUCACCAGGGCUACUACCCAGUGGGUGGUUGGCCCUGCUUACUCUGUGGAUUUUUUGAUCAAAGAGUCACCAUGUACUGAAUCCCAGGCUAGCUGUUCACUUCAGUCCUCCGACUCGGCGCCUGUCGGCUUUUGCCAUGGUUCUAUGGUUCAAGGAUCAGUUCAAGUACCAGCUCUGAUUCGAAAAAAGAGUGUCUCUGUGACUUGUGAGUUUUUCGAAUCUCAGGCUCAGGUUCCUGGAGAUGAUAACACUGCUGCUACCCAGGAGUCUAAGAAACUCCCCACGGCGGACGAGGCCCCUCAGAAAAACACCGCCCCCACCAACUCCCCCUCCAAAACUGCUCCAAGAGGAUCCGUUCAGCACCUGCCUGACCUGGAUGUUGAGAAGCCCGAAGACUCCAAGGAAAAGAGUCCCGUGGAAGCCUUUCCCGUGCAGCUGGAUCUAACCACGAAUCCCCAGGGGGACACGCUGGAUGUUUCCUUCCUCUACCUGGGGCCCGAGGAAAAGAAGCUGGUGGUGCUGCCAUUCCCGGGAACGGAACGGCGCUCCACCGAGUGCCCCGGGCCAGCAGAGGGAACCAACCCUCUUAUCCUCCCACCCUGA